AUGGCGGCGCCCAGCCGCGGGGAGGCGGCGGUCGGGCCGGGCGGCUUCGAGCCGUGGCUGGCGGGGCGGCUGGACGUGCUGGGGCUGGACCGGGCUGUCUACGCCACCUACAUCCAGGGGCUGCUCCGGGAGGAGGAGAGCGACGAGGAGCGGCUGGACGCGCUGCGCGGGGUCCUGGCCGCCUGCCUGGAAGAAGAUCUGUUACCAGAUGUCUGCAGGGAAAUAGUCGUGAAGUGGUCUGAAGCUCAGAAUGUUGGCGUAAGAGAAAAAAAAGAAGAUGAGAUCCAGGCAAUUGCCAGCAUGAUCGAAAAGCAGGCCCAGAUCAUCGUGAAGCCAAAGGAGGUUUCCCAGGAUGAGAAGCUGAGGAAAGCUGCCCUCCUGGCCCAGUAUGCCAAUGUAACAGACGAGGAGGAUGGAGCAGAUGAACAGGACGGAGCCACUGCAGCAGCACUAACGAUUGGAUCAGAAAAAUCGUUGUUCCGUAACACAAAUGUGGAGGCUGUCGUAAACGCGAGGAAGCUGGAGAGAGAUUCUCUGCGGGACGAGUCCCAGAAGAAAAAAGAGCAAGACAAACACCAGCGAGAGAAGGACAAGCUGGCCAAGCAGGAGCGGAAGGAGAAGGAGAAGAAGAGGACACAGAAGGGCGAGCGGAAGCGAUAGCUGGGAUUUUUCCUGUUGGACUCCUUCAAAGGAUAGAAUAAAUUAUGCAUAGGGAGUGUUUUAAACAAAAUAGAAACUCUGGGCAGAUGGCUGGCAAGUGGGUCUUGGAAGCAUUUUCCCUUUUGUUUACACAGCCAAAAAAAAAAAAAA